AUGGCUUUCUUUGAAAUUCCUCAAAUAAGGGCAGAGCAACUUUCCAGUCAAAGAACUGCUCUAGCAUCAGUUUUUGUACUCCUUUUGUGGGUAUUAUACCGCUUCAAAAAGAAUUCUAAGUUGCCUCAAGGGUUAAACCCAUGGCCUAUUAUAGGAAACCUCCAUCAGCUUGGUAGGCUUCCACACCGUAAUUUAUAUGAGCUCUCAAAGAUAUAUGACCCUGUGAUAUCCUCUUCUACUGCUGGAGAACUCAUUACUUAUAACUAUAAGAACUUGGGUAUGCGUUCUUAUGAUGCGUACUGGAGGCACAUGACGAAGAUAUGUGUGAUGGAGUUGCUGAGCGCAAAGCGAGUUGAGUCUUUUCAGUUUAUAAACGAGGAAGAGAUUUCUCUGGAUGUGAGGUCCAUUUGGGAGAGAAGUAAGCAGGGUGACGGUUGCUGUGAAUGUUAG